CACACAAACAGAACCAGGAAGCUCUUUUCCAAGGAAACAAAACUCUUUUCCAAGCAAACUCAAUGUCCCUGCCUAUACUUGCCUCCCUCCCCCACCCUUUCUCUCUCUCUCUCUCUCUCUCUCUCUCUCUCUCUUUCUCUGUCUGUCUCAGGUUUUUCAAAAGAUCAGGAUCGGUUCAUCUGUCCAGUGUGUCAGGAUCGUCUGAAGGAUCCAGUAGUUACUACCUGUGGCCACAAUUUCUGUAAGGUGUGUAUUAAUAGCUUCUGGGAUCAGGAGGAUCUGAAGGGCGUCUACAGCUGUCCCCACUGUAGAGAGACUUUCACUCUAAGGCCCGUACUACGCAGGAACAACAUGCUGGCGGAAAUGGUGGAGAAACAAAAUAAGACUGAACUCCAAGCUGCUUCUCCUGCUCACCGUUACGCUGAACCUGGAGAUGUGGAGUGUGAUUCCUGCAUUGGGAGAAAACGUAAAGCCAUUAAUUCCUGUCUGGUGUGUCUGGCCUCCUAUUGUGAAGAUCAUAUUAAACCUCACUUUCAGUCUCCUGCCUUUAAGAAGCACAAGUUAGUUGAAGCCUGUGCAGAGCUCCAGGAGAAGAUCUGCUCUCAGCACGACAAACCGAUCGAGAUCUACUGUCGUACUGACCAAAGCUUCAUCUGUUACUUGUGUACGGUGGAUGAGCAUAAAGACCAUGAUACUGUUGCAGCUAAAGCAGAAAGAACUGAAAAACAGUAUGAGUUAAAGGAGGAGCAGAUGACAUCCCAGCAGAGGAUCCAGGAGAAACAAAAGAAGGUGCAGGAACUGAAACAGACUGUGGACACUAUUAAGAGGCGUUCACAGACAGCAGUAGAUGAGAGUGAGAAGAUCUUUACUGAGCUGAUCAGCUCCAUGGAGAAAAAGCGCUCGGAGGUGAAGGAGCUGAUCAGAGCUCAGGAGAAAGCUGAACUGAGUCGAGCUGAAGGCCUCCUGAAUCAACUGGAGCAGGAGAUUGCUGAUCUUAAGAGGAGAGUCACUAAGCUGGAGCAGCUUUCACACACACACGAUCACAUCCACUUCCUCCAGAGAUUCCCGUCUCUCUGUGUUUCUCCUGGAUCUGAGGACUCACCCAGCUUCACUGUCAAUCAACAUCUCUCAUUUGAUGGAGUGAGGAAAUCUCUCUCAGAUCUGAAAAAACAAGUCGAGGAAAUCUGUGUGCAGGAAUUCAAUACAAUCCAUCCACAAGCUGCAGCAGUUCAGAUGAUUUCACCCUCAGAACCAAAGAGCAGAGAAGAUUUUCUGCAAUAUUUCUAUUAUCUGACUCUAGAUCCAAACACAGCAUUUCGUAAAUUCGUUCUGUCUGAGAAGAACAGAGCACUGAUGUACAGUGGGACAGAUCAACGACACCCUGAUCAUCCAGAGAGAUUUGACUACUGGGAUCAGGUGUUGUGUAAGGAGAGUGUGUGUGGACGCUGUUACUGGGAGGUGGAGUGGAGCGGUUUUGGUGUGUACAUAUCAGUCUCAUAUAAAGAGAUCAGCAGGAAAGGGCGGGGUAAAGGGUGUAUGUUUGGACGCAAUGGUCAGUCCUGGAGUCUGCACUGUUCUUCUUCCUCUGUCUCUUUCUGGCACAACGACAUUGAGGCUGAGCUCCAAGAUUCAGUAUCCUCCAGAAUAGGAGUGUAUGUGGAUCACAGUGCAGGAACUCUGUCCUUCUACAGCGUCUCUGACACGAUGAGGCUCCUCCACAGAGUCCACACCACAUUCACUAAGCCUCUAUACGCUGGUUUCAGUGUAUUCUAUAAUUCAAUUGUAAAGUUUUGUGAUCCAAAAUGACAUGUUAGUAAGAGUGUGUAGUACAAUUAAAACUGACGUGUCAGAUUUUAUUUCUCUUUGAGAAAUUAUCAAGUGCUUUUUUUCAAAUACAUUAAUAUAUUAAUUAAUCUUAAUGUAGUAUGAUAGUAAAAAAAAAAAAAGAAAUGUUAUCAAACAGACUAUUUAUCUGUAUGUGAUAUAUAUAAUAUGAGAUUUAUUAUACUGAUAUGAAACAUUUAGAAUGUCUUUAAAAAAUUGUUGUUUUGGCUUUGGAAAAGACUUUCUUCAGAAUUAAUAAAACGUACACAAACUGCUGUGUCUUUCUUUGCUGCUGGUGGUAGAAACACACCAUGCUGUGUGCAAAAACCCCAACAUUUUUUAUUUGAUAUCUUUAAACAUUUUUUCUAGUCAAGAUUCCAGUUAACAUAUAUUCAAUUCAAUUCAAUUCAAUUUUAUUUGUAUAGCGCUUUUUACAAUAGACAUUGUCUCAAAGCAGCUUUACAGAAAUAUCAACAUGGUAUACAGAUAUUAAAGGUGCGAAUUUAUCCCAACUGAGCAAGCCACUGAGUGGCGACGGUGGCAAGGAAAAACUCCCUAAGAUGUUUUA